AUGGUGCAAGCCGAGUCUUCCAAAGUGGCUGAGCGUACAGGCCUGCGCGCUGUUACAGCAGGUGCUCCGGCAGAUUAUGAACUCCCAUGGGUCGAAAAGUAUCGUCCGAUUUUCCUCGACGAUGUUGUUGGAAAUACAGAGACGGUGGAGCGGCUGAAGAUUAUCGCCAAGGACGGCAAUAUGCCCCAUGUGAUCAUCUCUGGUAUGCCGGGAAUUGGAAAGACAACGUCGGUGUUGUGCUUGGCUCGGCAAUUGCUGGGAGACGCAUAUAAGGAGGCAGUUUUGGAACUCAAUGCCAGUGAUGAGCGAGGUAUCGAUGUGGUUCGAAAUCGAAUCAAAGGUUUCGCUCAAAAGAAGGUCACAUUGCCUCCUGGAAGACAUAAGCUGGUCAUUCUCGACGAAGCUGAUAGUAUGACGCCCGGCGCACAACAAGCCCUGCGACGAACCAUGGAAAUUUACUCUACCACCACUCGUUUCGCUUUUGCUUGCAACCAGUCCAACAAGAUCAUCGAGCCAUUGCAAUCCCGUUGUGCCAUUCUGCGCUAUUCCCGCUUAACUGAUGCUCAGGUUGUGAAGCGAAUCCUCCAGAUCUGCGAGGCGGAAAAGGUCCAGCACUCGGAGGAUGGAAUUGCUGCGCUCGUCUUCAGUGCCGAGGGUGACAUGCGUCAGGCGAUCAACAAUCUGCAAAGUACGUGGUCGGGCUUUGGCUUUGUGAGCGGAGACAACGUCUUCCGAGUGGUGGAUAGCCCGCACCCGGUCAAAGUACAGGCAAUGAUUAAAGCCUGCUGGGAGGGCAAAGUGGAUGCGGCAUUGGAGAUUCUCAAUGAGCUCUGGACACUGGGUUAUUCGUCGCACGAUAUCAUCAGUACCAUGUUCCGAGUUACCAAGACGAUUCCGACCCUCUCAGAGCACUCCAAGUUGGAAUUCAUCAAGGAGAUUGGUUUCACGCAUAUGCGAAUCUUGGACGGGGUGCAAUCGCUUCUACAGUUGAGUGGCUGCGUUGCCAAGUUGUGCAAGAUCAAUAUGAAGCCGGAACUGUUCCAGCCUGUCACUGCUUGA